GAUUGUUGAAUGUCUAGUUGCGGUUUUAUAAAAGAAUAGUCGAAAUUUCUAUCUUUGAGCUGGAACGUGAACAACCAGUGUGUAAUGUCAUCCAUACUUCAUAAUUUUCAAGUGCAGAAAUUGUUACUUUAAAAUUGCUCUACCGUGUUUAGUAUUUGCGAAAACACUACAAAAGUCUUCAUGGAAAAAAUAAAUGAAGCCUUUUCAAUGUAGUUUAUAUGUUCAAACGCAAUUCAUGAUAGCCGUUCACUGGGUGAAGCAAAACUAAAUUUGGAUAUGUUUACAUCCUACAAAGAGCUUUUUCUCAGUAAAUCAAGUGUAGUUGGCAGAUAAACAAGGCAUAAACGUUGAUUUGCCAGUGUUCAUCAUAAUAUCACAUACAAAGAAGCAAAUUUAGGAGACCCGUCUAAAUAUUCCUUUUCAAUUUCAUAUCUUGUGUUCUUCUGCGCUCACCCAACGAGUUCGAAAUACCCUCAAUGCUCAAUGAACAAAUACAACUGGUAAACGAGACGGAAGACAACCCAUUUAUCCCAGAUGCCGGAGGAAAUGAUUGAUGCGGCUCCCUUAGAGACGAUCGUAGACGAGGACGAAGAAGGCAAUAGUGAUAUUGAGAUCGAUUAGUGUUUGUUUUUAUUAUACUUUUAGAAAUAUAUGUUGUGUUUAUUAAAAUUGUUGUUUUUAUUUUUUAGCACACUAAGACUUUUGCAUAAUUUUAUAAGUCCCCCCAUUUAACCCCCCGCCACGCCCCUCCCAAAUAAGCCCCGUCCCCCAAAACCCAUUUUGACAAAUAAGCCCCCAGGGGCCUAAUCGAUCAUUAACGGUAGACGUAAUAGAUCUUUCACGGUUGCGCAAAGCAUUCUGGGUAAUCACUAUGACAAAAUACAACACCGCUGCUAGCAGGGAUGCGAAGUUUAUGUGGUGGCGUGGUUUUUCUGUUUAUACAAGUUAAUUUUUAAUCAAUUCUUGUAUAUUUUACACAAAAAAAUUAAUUAAAAAAGCUAAAAAGUUAAAUCAAGUGAGCUUGAUGGCUUCGGUUAAAGAUAUUAAAUGUUUGCAGAAUUUUUUAGAACUUUCUAUGGCUGAAUUUCAAUUUUUCCUUUCCCAGCGUGGGCUUCCAACAUCUGGAUCACAUAGAACGUUGGCUGUAAGAGCUCUGAUUGCUCAUGAGCAAAAAGUAGAAGUAAAAGCCACUGCUGAACAUACAAUUUGCUUCUGCGUAACAUGCAAAAAGACAUUUGAUUCAGACGAAGAGCUGACUUGGAAUGUUUGGAAGGGCGGACGUCAAAUUUUGAGUUAUCAUUCGCCGAUCUACCAACCGACUUUAUUUUUGGUGCUCAAAUGACUCUAACACCAGAUAUUUGUGACGUCCGCCUUAUGUAAUUUGGAUGCCAGCUAUCGUUCAAAGUGUUUCCACUCUUUGAAGGCUUGAAAUGCAUAAAGAACUGUCAAUUCUGAAUUCCAGCUUGUAUUAAGGCUUUCGGUGGUAAGGUAGCUGUAUAUUUAUUUUUACUAUAAAGCCAAUGUUUAGCUAGCUACUAAUAAAAAGCCUGUAAUUAGUAAGUUAAAAAGAACACCCACUGUGCUGAAUGAUAAAAGAUAAAUGGGCUGUGGUAUUUCUUUUGAAUAAACUUCACUUCUUUUAUUCUGAACUUCUGGUAACCAAUUAAACCGGGGCUAUGGUAACAUUCAGAUUCACUCACCCAUGUUGAAUCUCCGUCAAGAGGAAUCGAGCCCCGGUCAGAGUACGAGAGCUAUAACCACUAAUCUACGGCCCCACAAGUAACCUCGAGAUUUCCUCCUUUACACAAACCAGGGUUUCAAAUAACCUGGAAAAUACUUAAACUUGAAGUAUAGACCUAUAUUCUGAAAUUUUAAAAGUAAAUCUUAAUUAUUACGAUACACAACAUUACUACAAUAUAUCAUUGGCUAUCGGUUGUCUUUUCAGAAAUGGAAAAGGAUGCAGCCUGAAAGGAAAGCUGAAAUAUUGAGGUAUCAGAAAAUAUCUAUAAAAAUAAUUCGAUGGCUCAAAAGGUUUGACUCACUGAUGGUAUGACAAUACUGGGAUCUAUUAAAGAUUAAAAUUGAAGAGCCGUCCAGGGCCUCAAUCUUGACAGUCCCACCAGGGAAUCAGAACUAGAGAUCAAGACUAUCACUGUAUAACAUAUGCACAUUUUACCAGGAAUUCCAUGAAAAAAACAACACGCAUGAAUCUAUAUUGGAGAAUUUGCGCAUCCAAUUUUUUAAUUUUUAGUAUUCACUUAUUGAAUGGUUUAAAAGUGUUAAAUAUAUUAACACAUUGUUUUGUCGGUAGAAGUAACCUAUAGCAAAUAUAUACUGCAGGAAUACAUGACAAAGGGAGGGCUAUGUCGUACGAUGUUGUAUUCACUGCAAUCAUCUACUAUUUCGUUUGCCGUGUCAAUCCGCCCCUCAACAUGGCCGCAGAUUAUCUUUUCACAGCAGGUUAUAUUUUCUCGUAACGAUUGUGUUCCUUGCUAAAAGACAUUCUUUUUUAAACUCUAAUUCCAUUUCAAUCUUUUGCUCCAUACAAUUCUUUUUUUCGUGGGCAAGAUGCAUGUGCAUUGAUGUUUUAAAACAGAUGAUCAUUCCAAUUUAUUUUAAAAAAAUUUAUAAUUUGUUAGGAUUUGUGCAUUUAAUGUUUACAAAAUCAAGAUUUUUAAUUUUAAAAAUGUUACCACAAGAUUUUUAGUUCCGUAAAUUCUCAGUGAUCUGCUGUUAUAAGACCAAAAAAUAACUUUUUGAGGAAAAUGAUGAUAAUAGGUAUAAUUUACAUAUAAAAAUUGAUUCUUUCCAGUAUACAAUUUUUGGCAACAAUAACUUACGCUGUUGAUUGUCAUAAUACUUAUUACAGCCAUUCAUUGGAAAGCCAUGCUAUUAAUGGUACACAUUAACUGUGGAAAUUUCCUAUUAAAAAGUUUAAAUUGGUGUUGUUGUUUUUUUUAAUUAUCUGCUGAAUAAUAAUUUUAUAAAAAGAUUAAAAAAUAAUUUUUUGAGGAAAACGUUAGUUUUUAAAAUCUGAUGUGGUGGAAAAGUAGGCCAGGGUUGAUUUUUUAUAUAAAGAGAAUAUUUUUUUAAAUAUAAUUUCCACCAACAUGAAAUGCAGCUAAUUCCAUACUAAAUACAUGUUCUGAAAGAGCUGGCACAUUUAUAUUUAUUUUUGAAAAAAAGAGACAGUGUACGUCAUCUAUUCAAAGAUAUCUGAGUUAAGCAUAUAAUUAUAUUUCUGUAGCCUGAGCUAGAUUGAAUUUUGUUAAUUAUUUUGAGUAAGCUUAUUUUUUAAAGAAAGACAAAUAGUGCUGUGUGUUCACUUUAGUAGUAGGAAUACUUUUUGCCACUUGAAAUACAAUUGAUCCGAAGA